AGAGAAGAAGAUGGCGAUCGCUGGGAAGAGCUUCUCGCUCUUGGUUUUGGUGACGGCUUUGAUGCUCUUGGUGGUGGUGAAAGGUGUGGUGGGCGAAUGCGAGGACCGAGCAAAGAUCCAGGACAAGGUGUCGCCGUGCAUUAGCGCCGGGACGCUGAUGAAUUCACCUAGCGCUGCGUGUUGCGCGAGGGUCAAGGAGCUCAGCCUGGAUUGCUUCUGUAGCCUCCUCCAGGGAACUCUCAGCUUGUCCGACUUUGAUGCUUAUGUUAACACUUGCGCUCUCAACGUUCCUGGAGGAUUCUCAUGCAGCUAAAAGAUUGUGUCUUGCUUGAAAGAUGAUUCUACAAAUAACUUUCUAGACAAAAUUUUAAAAAACAUGAAUAAUAAUUUAA